AUGCAAUUCAUAACUUAACUUUUCAGCGAAGGGAAAGACAUUUUGUCAAACUUUGAUAAGUUUGCUUCUUCUUAUUAAGCCCCUAAAAGAACAAAAAAAGGUGCAGUUGUAUCUUUACUCAUCCAUGCUUUUUCUUUUGGUUACUUUGGAUUCUUGGCAUACUAGUAUGGAAGUAAUUAAAUUGAGCCUAGUGUAGCAUACCUUCAAACGAUGAACUUUAACAAACAUACAUUUAACUUAACCUAAGAUCUAUUCGCAUUCUAAUAUUUCAGUGGUACUGAUGGAUCCUUGGAUGCAAUAUAACAAGCCAAUAACUUAGUCUAUCUCAUUUUUGAAGUUCACUAUUAUGAUCACAAAACAUCUCAGAAAAUCAAUAUACCAUUAAAGUAUUGCUAGAACUCUGAUCCUAAUUUGGCUAUCUAUUAUUGCCCUGAUUUUAGCUAAGCGAAAGACAGUAACGGACAGAAUUUGUAGCUUGUUACUUUGAGAUAGCCAUAAACAGAAUUAAUUUUAACUGCUAAGAGAUGCUCAGGUCUACCUAAUUGUGCAUUAUCUACUGAUAUUGAUAAUCUAAUUAGUUAAUUUAGUUACUUCGACAUUAUCUUAUUUGCUAAUCAAUAUAAUCAUAUUUCUAAUUAAUUUGAGACUAUUUAUGACUAAGAAACAUACUAUUUGGACGUCUCAUUAGGAAUAUUUAGCAAAAUUAAGAUUGUUAAUGCUAUCACUAAUGUUUAUAGUGGUUUGUUCGCAAGCACAAAGACUAAUUCGAACAGUGCAGCUUAUGAAUUUAAAAGAUCAGAUUAAUAUAAUAGCAAUUAGCUUCUUACACUUGAGAAUAAUUAAAAUUCUUUACUUUUUCUUUCAUUUGAUUUAGACGCAUUUUCUGUUAAGCUUGACAUUCAAUAUUCCACUUUGAUGGCACUUGUGCCAGUUGCAAUCUCUUUGGGAGAAAUUGCCUUCUCUAUUUUAAAAGCCAUCCUUCCUAAUUUCUCAAAAAAUGCUUUGACUAAGGAUUUAAUGACAGCAAAUUUAAAGGGUUCUUUUGCAAAGACUGCUUAAUAAUUACUGUAAAAAAAUUUAAAUAAAGAAUAAAAGCAAGAAAAAGAUGAUGGAAAAAGCAAAUAAUAAAAGGGUAAAUAAAAGGGAGAAAAAGAAGAUGAUAGUGAUGGUAAAGGGAAAAAGGAAGAUACUGAUGAGGGAAGUUAAUAAAAAACUAUCACAAGUCCUGAAGACCUUAUUAAAUAAGCAGAAUUAUACUAAGACUAGGCUAAAAAUAUUUAUAGUCUUGUGACUAAAAGCGUUGGUGGUGAUUGGGAGAGUAUUAUUGCGCUUUUUAAAAUGAUUGCUCCUUGCCUUAAGAAGAAAGUCACUGGUGAAGUUUAAAAACAAAAAGAAAAAAUCUAGGCAUUACAGAAAAAGAGCAGCCCUGAAUAAGAUUUAAAUAGCAGCGUAGAAGAUAUUUUGUUCUUAAAAAAAGCAAUCCGUCUCCUUCUGACCAAAGAAUAAUAUGCUGCAGUGCAUUUCUGUGGUUCAGACUGUUAAGAUGAUUAAAAGGAUGAAAAAUAGGACACUAAGAAAAAAUCAUAAAUUUCUCCUUAACCUCUUCUGCCUAUAAAUGAUAAGAAUGAAAAGAAAAACCACCUAGAAGCAAUUGACACUAUCGAAAAAGACUAAAAAGAGAUGAUGAACUCCUUCAAAAGUUAUAUCAAGUCUACUUCUUAUGACUAAGAACAAAGUGUUUAUCUCACUGAUUUAGACAAAAGAAUUCUAAAUUCUUUGAUUUUUGACUUUUCUCCAAAUGGGAACAACAAUGCUCUUAAUGGAGAUAAAUAAGAAAAGAAAACAGGUAAUUCAUCACCUUUAAUUUCAAAUUAUAUGAAAGACCAAAUGUAAAAAUAUGCUCCUGAUCUGAUCUCACAUAUCCCUGGUAUAUCUGAAAUAACUGAUUUGCUAAAAGAUGAGAUUAAUGAAGUUAAAGGCAGCAAUAAAUGA